CCCACUACAGUCAUCAUGCCUCGUGGCCAGAAGAGCAAGCUCCGUGCCCGUGAGAAGCGCCGCCAGGCCCGUGCUAAAAAUGCACUAGAGGAAGAAGGAUCUCCCGAUCCUUUAUGUGAGUGUCCACAUCAGGCUGUUCCUGAUGCUGGUAUGUCUACACCUCCCAACAUACAGCAGGGAGCUCACUAUACCUUUUCACACACAUAUGAAAAUACAGGUGCUCAAAACCAAGAUGAGAAAAAUUCAGAUGAUUCUGAUGACCUUGAAGCCUGGAGUAAAGAUCCUAUAAAUCACAAAGUAGUCUUACUGGUGCAGUUCCUGAUGGAGAAGUAUCACAAGAAGGAGGUUUUUACUAAGGCAGAUAUGCUGAAGUGUGUACUUAAAACAUCAAAAACUGCCUUCACUGAGAUCCUAAAAAGAGCCACAGAGCAUAUGGAACUGGCCUUUGGUGUUGAUCUGAAAGAAGUAGAUCCUAUCAGGCACUGCUAUGCCCUUUUCAACAAACUAGAACAUACCUUUGAUGCCGUAAAGGGAGACGAAAAAAUGCCCAAUACUGGCCUAUUAAUGAUGGUGUUGGGUGUGAUCUUCAAGAAAAAUAACUGUGCCUCAGAAAAGGAGGUCUGGGAGGUGCUGAAUAUGAUGGGUGUCCAUGCUAACCGAAAACACUUCAUCUAUGGAGAGCCUAAGAAAGUUAUCACUGAAGAUUUGGUAAAGCUAAAGUACUUGGAGUACCGAAAAGUGCCUAACAGCAAUCCUCCAUCCUUUGAAUUCACAUGGGGUUCCAGAGCCCAGGCUGAAAUCAGCAAGAUGAAGAUCCUGGAGUUUUGGGCCAAGAUCCACGAUGCUACACCAGAUACCUUUGUGCCCUUGUAUGAAAUAGCUGUGAAAGAUGAGGAAGAAAGAGCUCAAGCCAGGUCUGCAGCCAGGGCUCGCACUGCUGCUAUGGCCAGUUCACAUUCGAAAGCCAUGGUUAGCAGCUCCUCCCAUGCUAAAUAAUAGCUAAGUAUGUUUCCUCACUAUUUGUAAAGGUCUGUCAGCUAACUAAUAGUGGAGGGCUAAUAUGGGCUGAGGAGAACAAGUGCUUAUAAUAUUUGUUUUUCUGUUAUAUAUUAGUAAAUUCCAGUUUUAUCUUUUCUUUUAGUUCUAGGUUAUAUAUUAAAUGUUGAAGUCUGAGGAAUGAAUAUUUCCUAUGUGGAAAUUAAGGAGAGUGAACAUUUUAAGUAGUAGAUGGGCAACAUAGGUCUAAAGGGAGUACAUUGAAUAACAUCAUUGCAUUCCUAUGCCAUAUUUGUUACUUUAAGUUUUGUUUUGCUUUUUAUAUUAUAUUUCAGAUGUUUCCAUCAGGAGGCUUCGAUACCUUUAAAUGUAAAAUUAUUAAUGACUUUGGUUAUACAUUUAUUUCCCUUUCAUAGUUUAAAGCUGUUGUGGGCAGUGAGUGAUUUUUUUUAGGAGUGUGACCACUGGUGAGUUCUCCAUGUUCCAGUGAAUGAGCCCAUACCUAUGUCCAUGUAGUAGCACUAACUGGACUUAAGAUUUUUAUUUUUAAUGCAUGAGAAGAAAGGGAGAAGUAUAUAUCAGUUUGAAUUUAUCAGUCUGUUCACUCUUAGUGGGAUUUUUGGCUCAGUGACUAAAAUCUGGUUAAAAAUGCAGUCAAUGUAAAGUUAAAUAACAAUGAAAUCGCAAAAAUGGAAAAGAAAAUAAC